CUUAGUAAUUCUCCAUUUAAAUCUAAACCCCUUAAGAAAACAAAGGGAACAACAAAAGAUUGUUUAAAUAGUCAAAACUGUUUUCUGAGAAAAGAAAUUAGAAAAAGAAAGAAAGAUGGAGAUGGCUAGGCUGUUAAAGUUGAUGUUUAUGUUUUGUAUUGCCGGUCUUAUUCCGACCAUACGAGGCAACAUUUCUGAGUUGGACGAGUAUUGGUCGAAACGAGCCGACGCAGCCCGAGAAUUCACUCUAAAAGCUUAUCAUUCUGAUCCUUACGAAGUUGUCGAUCACUUUCAUGAGCGUCAUUACGAUAACUCUACUGAUGUUACGGAGAUCGAGGAAGAUGGCAGUGCUAAGCCUGAAGAGGGGAACUUAGAGGAGCACAAAGAGGAGAACAUAGAGGAGAACCAAGAGGAGAACAUAGAGGAGAACAAAGAGGGGAACAAAGAGGGGAACAUAGAGGAGAACAAAGAGGAGGAAGAAGAUGAGCAAAAAGAGGGCAUUGAAAUGCUUGGAAGCUCGACAAACAGCACGAGACGAAGCCUAAGAGGUAAAGGCAAAGGAAAAUGGAGUAAGCUUAGGGGACCCUGUACCGCAAGUAACCCUAUAGAUAAAUGUUGGCGUUGCCGUUCGGAUUGGGCCAAGCGUCGUAAGAAGCUUACACGUUGUGUCCGAGGGUUCGGUCACAGGACGACCGGAGGAAAACGCGGACGCAUCUACGUGGUCACAAGCAACCUUGACGAAGACAUGGUGAACCCUAAACCCGGGACAUUGCGUCACGCCGUGAUUCAGAAGGAACCUCUCUGGAUCAUUUUCAAGAACGAUAUGCACAUUCGUUUAAGCCAAGAGCUUCUGAUUAAUAGCCACAAGACGAUCGAUGCACGAGGAGCUGAUGUCCAUAUAGCGCAUGGCGCGGGGAUCACAAUGCAGUUUGUGAGAAACGUCAUUAUCCACGGACUCCAUAUUCACCACAUUUUCGAGAGUAGCGGUGGUAUGAUCCGAGACUCGGUAGACCAUUUCGGAAUGAGGACUAGAGCCGAUGGAGACGGUAUAUCGAUCUAUGGUUCGUCUAAAAUUUGGCUUGACCAUAUUUCAAUGUCGAAAUGUCAAGAUGGACUCAUUGAUGCCAUCGUUGGAUCCACUGCCAUUACAAUCUCCAACUCUCAUUUCACUCACCACAACGAUGUGAUGUUGCUUGGUGCUCAAAACACGAACGAAGCGGACAAGCAUAUGCAAGUCACAGUGGCUUAUAACCAUUUCGGUAAAGGACUUGUACAGAGGAUGCCUAGGAUCCGAUGGGGAUUUGUUCAUGUUGUGAACAACGACUACACUCAUUGGGAGCUUUACGCUAUCGGAGGUAGUCAAGGUCCUACUAUUCUCAGCCAUGGAAACCGAUUCAUAGCUCCUCCACACAAACCUCAUUACAGAGAGGUGACAAAGAGGGAUUAUGCAUCAGAGGACGAGUGGAAACACUGGAACUGGAGAUCUGAGAAAGACGUGUUCAUGAACGGAGCUUAUUUCAGACAAUCUGGUGAUCCUAAAUACAAAUGUGCGCAUACGAGGCAACAAAUGAUCAAACCAAAACAUGGAUUGGCUGUUUCUAAGCUGACCAAAUACGCCGGAGCACUUGAUUGCAGAGUCGGGAAACGCUGUUAGAAACAUUUCUAUUUUAAGAUGUCUCUAAGACAAUUUUUUUUUGUCCAACAUUUUGAUUUUUUGCUUCUAAUCUAGUUCAGGAAAUAAAGAAUUAAGGUUGGUAAAAAUGAUUAAAAAGAAGGGAACUCUAAUUUGUAAGGAUAUAUUUUUUUGUGUGUUGUGUAAUGAAAAAAACAAGUUUAUAUAAAAGAGCAAGCGAA